CGCGCCCCGGCAGUUGCCGAGGCCGGCGCGGUGGAGCUGCCAAAGCUGCGGGUGCGGAGGAGCUGUGGAGCCGACCCCGGGAGCCGGGAGCAGGAGGACCUGGUGUCUGUGUCAGAUUUGUACCUACGGCUGAAUGUUUGGAAAACUAUCCUGUGUAUGGCAGUGUUCUUCCACCUCAGAGUCUGAAGCCCAAGGAAGAAUUUCGAGCAUAUCGUGGUAAAAUGGAAGGAAUAACAACAUUUAAGUCGGAUUCUCGUCCUUAUGAAAUAGUCAAACAGCCUUGCCAUGCACCAGAAGAGUAUAAACCAAAGCAGGGGGAGAUUGAUCUUGGUACUACCUACAAACGGCAUCUUAAUUCUUGUAAAGUGCAGCGUGUGGCAAUAGCUCGGCCUUUGGAGAGACAAGUUAAAAAAGGGAAGUGGGAUACUGUCCCAACCUAUAAAGAUGAUUAUAGAGCUUGGGACAUUCGGAAAAGUGAACUUUAUAAACAAGAACAAACUUACUAUCCCCCUACUGUGAAGUUGAGAAGUACAGCUACAUUUCAGGAUGACUGUGUUCCUUGUGAGAUAAAGCCUAGGCAAAGCUUUAAACCCAGCCCUGCAGUCAAAUGCUCUAGUCCCCUUAAUGGUGAUACAAGUCAUUGCCUUGAUUAUGUACCUCAUCAGCUAGAGUUCAAGUUUGCAAGGCCAAAAGAAGUUUACAAGCAACCAACCAACCAACCUCUUGAGGAUCUCACAACUCACUGAUAUGACUUUCAGGGUCUUGUUGGUGAAAAUGGAAACAUCUGCAGACCUCCAUACACCAGAGUGUUCCAAAAUGCUGAAUUUGAAGGAAGCACUGAAUUCCGUGACAGUUUUCAACCAUGGGAAAUCCCACCACCCGAAGUCAAGAAAGUACAAGAGUAUGUCCCUCCCGCAGGUAUCGUGCAAUUACACAGCACAAGCCACAUCGAUUAUGUUCCAUAUGAGGCCAGACGUGUUGUUCUUCCCAUCAGGCCAGUUUCUUGUAGAAGAAAUAACAGUUUUCCUUUCCAAGGAAAAAGCACCACGAAGGAAGAUUUUCCAGCGCAGGAAAGUUGUUGUCAAAGACUUAUUAAGCAGGAGCAGCAGAUCCCCAACCCAUCUGGAAAAUUUGAUAGUUUGAGCACUUUCAGAUCUCACUAUAUGCCACAUGAAUUGAUUCCAACAGAGAGUUGCAAACCUGUAAAUGUUCUCUUUAAGAGUUCUAUUCCAUUUGAUGACAUAACCGUGUACUCUCCCGAGCGUGCACCAAAGAAACAGGAAAUCUGCCCUGCUAGUUAUCCUUCUCCUCCAGGUUAUAUCUUUGAAAAUACAAAUUCCCGAGGUCAUAAAUUCUUCCACACGAUCGCUCCCAUGGUGAAGGCCUUCUAAUCAUCAAAUCAUGUUUAAAAGGAAGCUAACUAACAGAACGUUGGCUUCCCAAGGGCAAAACCAAUUUUCUAUGGUAGAAAAAAAAGUUUAUGAGAGCUGGAAAAAAUCAUGUUUUAAAUUUUUAAACGAGAUUUAGAAAAUUUGUAACAGGAAAUCAGGAUUUUAAAACCCAUUUUGUAUUAAUAUUUUAACCAAGAUUGUUCUUUAAUAUGCGUUCUGAGAGUUGCAUAUUGUACAUUCCCAUCCGAACUAUUUUAAUCCAAACAUACUUUCUGGUAGCUUGUCUCAAUCUACUAUCAUUUGUACGUGUGUUUAUAAUUAUGGCAAUUAUAGGGUUAUUCAUACAUGAGUUAUCUAUAAGUGCCUUAGGACUAAUAGAACACCAUUGAAAAUGAUACAUGGAUUCUUUUCAUUGAAAAUGAUACAUGGAUUAUUUUUUCAAGACAACAGUAUUUUUUCCCUUAGAUUUCAAGGCAUCUGCAUAGUGUACCCUGAGUCAACUUUUGGUUGGCAGUGUCAAGAUGGCUGCACCGCUCCUCGCUGUGUUCAAGUUAGAAAGAGGCAUUGUGGUAUGACAAGUAAAGGCUCUGUGGGUUGGGAAUCAAAGCACCUGCGUUCAAGUUCCAAUGACACCAGUUUCUACUUGUGCCAUCCUAGGCAAGUGACUCUUGUCUUUGAGGCUCAAUGUCUUCAUUUGUAAAAGAAUAUCUGCUCUGCCUACCUCUGAAAAGUUUUGCUCUGAGCAUCAGGUCAUGUGAUACAACAUAAUGCAUAAAGUAAAAGUGCUAACCAAAUGUCAGGGAUUGUUAAUAAGUCAUUCAAUCUCUUUCUGUACCUGUUUCUCUGUUUUCAAAUUAGGAGAAUUACCUACUCAACACUCACUUUCUGUCCUGUAGCAAGGAUUGUAAAAUAACCUAAUCUGCUUCGAGCUUACGAGUAGUAUGAUUUCUGAGACAAGACUUGCCCUCUAAAGCUUCACAAGCACCCUAGAAGUUGUUACAGAGAAUGGAGAGCUUGGAUGGGGGGAAUAAUGUGGUUCGAAUGACAGUACUUACAAAAAGGAAAAAGCAUUUGCGAGAGUAGUUUAAGGAAUGACUGACAGCUCUGAAGAAAAUUUUCACGGUAACCUCAGGUAAUUAUGCACCUAAUUGCUGCUCCCAGAAUCACGGUGCAGAAGAAGAAUCAAGCUUGGUAUGGGCACAAUUAUGUCCUCCUCCUCCUCCAGUGUGAAGAGAAAUGCCAAGAAGGGAAGGAAGGAAGGAAUGGUGCCAUUAAGUGAAGCAGAAAGAACAGACUGCAGUUAUAAAUGCUGAGCCUUCCCUAAUGAAUUAAACCCUUAGUGGGUGUUUUUUCUUUGAUCAAUGAUGCAUUAUGGGAUAAUAUGAUUUAUUUUAUCUUUUUAGUCUUUAGUAGCUUUAGAACUGUUUCAAAAUAUAUACUUUACUGAGAACAAGUCCGUCAACAAUUGGUUAAAAUAUUUUUCAUUAUGUGGAAGUAGUUUGUUUUUAUUUACUUUCAUAUUAAUUAGGGAAAAUUAUGUUGAAUUGAUAUAUUAGUCGUAUUAAUAAAGCAUCAUUAAAUGAAUUUUCAUGAAAUCAUUUCUGCAACAAAUAUUCUCUGGAAAAGAGAACUUGUUAAUAAAGUAUUUUCCAGGAUAAACUCUACAUAAUUCACACACACACACACACACACACACACACAGUCACACAACAUUUUAACAGCACUGGAAACUAGUAAUAUUAUUAUUUAACCAUCUGCCAGAUUUAGAAUGAAUUUCCACUAAGCCAAACUUGGAUAAAUCAGAUGAAGGAAGGAGGGCAUUUGGAGACAAAAUUUCCACCCCCACCCCGUCCCAUCUCCAUCCUGUCUCCCUGCAUGUCCCUGUUGUGGAGAAUAAGACCACAGAAUGAGACAGAAAGGCUUUGUAGUUUAUAAAGCCUGCAGGGACAACAACGCUGAGUGCACCCUAAUGUAAACCAUGGACUUUGGGUGAUUAUGCUGUGUCAGUGUCAAGUCGCCCAUUGUGACACAAGUACUCUCUGGUGCAGGCUAUUAAUAGUGGCAGGCUGUGCAUCUGUGGGGGCAGGAGGUACAGGGUUACUCUGUACUCUCCACUCAAUUUUGUUCUGAACCUAAAACUGCUCUAAAAAAUAAAGAAUAUUAAAAACAAAGACUGCAUGGCAGAAAGAAAGGAGGGUAGUGUUCACCAGUCAGAGGUUGGGAAGCCCGUACCCCAGCCCCUGAAUACAUCAGAUUUACAGACUUUCUUUCAUACAAAACUAUCUAAGGCCCUCUCUGAGAAUCACUGUGUGAGAGGAGUCUGGUAAUAUGAAGCGAAGAGGAGACCUCUGAACAUACAUCAGAGAAAGGGAAGGUGAACCUUGUCAUCAUAAGUUAGCAAACUUCAAAAAGGCUGUUUAAAAAGAGUGCUGAUACAAAAACAGAAAUAUAGAUCAAUGGAACAGGAUAGAAAGCCCAGAGAUAAACCCACACACAUGUGGUCACCUUAUCUUUGACAAAGGAGGCAAGCAUAUACAGUGGAGAAAAGACAGCCUCUUCAAUAAGUGGUGCUGGGAAAAUUGGACAGGUACAUGUAAAAGUAUGAAAUUAGAACACUCCCUGACACCAUACACAAAAAUAAACUCAAAAUGGAUUAAAGACCUAAGUAUAAGGCCAGACACUAUCAAACUCUUAGAGGAAAACAUAGGCAGAACACUCUAUGACAUAAAUCACAGCAAGAUCCUUUUUGACCCACCUCCUAGAGCAAUGGAAAUAAAAACACAAAUAAAUGGGACCUAAUGAAACUUAAAAGCUUUUGCACAGCAAAGGAAACCAUAAACAAGACCAAAAGACAAACCUCAGAAUGGGAGAAAAUAUUUGCAAAUGAAGCAACUGACAAAGGAUUAAUCUCCAAGAUUUACAAGCAGCUCAUGCAGCUCAAUAACAAAAAAACAAACAACCCAAUCCAAAAAUGGGCAGAAGACCUAAAUAGACAUUUCUCCAAAGAAGAUAUACAGAUUGCCAAUAGACACAUGAAAGAAUGCUCAACAUCAUUAAUCAUUAGAGAAAUGCAAAUCAAAACUACAAUGAGAUAUCAUCUCGCACUGGUCAGAAUGGCCAUCAUCAAAAAAAUCUAGAAACAGGGCUUCCCUGGUGGCGCAGCGGUUGAGAGUCUGCCUGCCAAUGCAGGGGACAUGGGUUCGAGCCCUGGUCUGGGAAGAUCCCACAUGCCGCAGAGCGACUAGGCCCAUGAGCCACAACUACUGAGCCUGCGCGUCUGGAGCCUGUGCCCUGCAACAAGAGAGGCCACAAUAGUGAGAGGCCCGUGCACCGCGAUGAAGAGUGGCCCCCGCUUGCCGCAACUAGAGAAAGCCCUCGCACAGAAACGAAGACCCAACACAGCCAAAAAUAAAUAAAUAAAUAAAUAAAUAAAUAAAAAUAAAUUUAAAAAAAAGUUGUUUAUAUGAAAAAAUCUAGAAACAAUAAAUGCUGGACAGGGUGUGGAGAAAAGGGAACACUCUUGCACUGUUGGUGGGAAUGUAAAUUGAUACAGCCACUAUGGAGAACAGUAUGGAGGUUCCUUAAAAAACUAAAAAUACUACCAUACGACCCAGCAAUCCCACUACUGGGCAUAUACCCUGAGAAAACCAUAAUUCAAAAAGAGUCAUGUACCAAAAUGUUCAUUGCAGCUCUAUUUACAAUAGCCAGGACAUGGAAGCAACCUAAGUGUCCAUCAUUGGAUGAAUGGAUAAAGAAGAUGUGGCACAUAUAUACAAUGGAAUAUUACUCAGCCAUAAAAAGAAAUGAAAUGGAGGUAUUUGUAGUGAGGUGGAUGGAAUUAGAGUCUGUCAUACAGAGUGAAGUAAGUCAGAAAGAGAAAAACAAAUACAGUAUGCUAACACAUAUAUAUGGAAUCUAAGGGGGAAAAAAAGGUCAUGAAGAACCUAGUGGCAAGACGGGAAUAAAGACACAGACCUACUAGAGAAUGGACUUGAGGAUACGGGGAGGGGGAAGGGUAAGCUGUGACAAAGUGAGAGAGUGGCAUGGACAUAUAUACACUACCAAAUGUAAAAUAGAUAGCUAGUGGGAAGCAGCCGCAUAGCACAGGGAGAUCAGCUUGGUGCUUUGUGACCACCUAGAGGGGUG